CGUAUUUUCGUCUCGCUUCGGGACGCCUCAGAGCUGCAUAAAAACACAGAGCUGGGACAGUCGUUAGCUUGGGCAGUGACUACAGCAGAAACACAUCAUGAAUGGACGAGCAAAAAUGGCGGACAGCAAAAUGGGCCUACUAGACGGGAACGAAACAGCCGAGGAGUUUUUGGCGUGCACGGAGCAGAAGCUGUUGGGAGGGAUAGUGGGCAUUGGGAUCGCCAUGGGUAUGCAGACUGGUCUUUUUGAUGUCAUGAUCUCGUUGAAAGGGGAACCUAAGACCAGCCAUGAGAUUGCAGAUGCUGGUAACUUCAAAGAGAGGUACGUGAGGGAAUGGUUGGGGUGCAUGACCAGUGCUAGGAUCAUCAGCUGUGACCCCAAGGGGGAGAAAUUCUGGCUUCCUACCCACCGAGCAGGCAUCAUGGAUCUGAAGCUGUUGGCUUUGACCCCGCCCAUUCUCUGCGGAGGUUUCCAUCAAGUCGCUGAAUGCUUUAAACGGGACGGACCAACUGGUGUUUCAUACAGCCACUAUCCUAAAUUCGACGAGCUAAUGGGUAUAAUGCAAGGCCCGUUCUUCUGUGACAAACUUGUCCAGGUGGUGAUUCCAUCAAUUCCACAGUUACUCCAGCAACUAACGCCUUGAGUCAUUCAGCUGGCA